AUGUUGAGGUAUUUUAAGAAAAUACGAGAUGAACCUACUUCAAACAAGUCAUCUCCCCCUCCACCACCUCCUCCUCCUCCGCCUCCUCUACCAGCUCCUCUUGAUGCUGACUCAAAUGAGUAUCCUAGUGAUCCUGGGCUAAGAAAGCACAUUCUUGAGUAUAAUGUUAAUGAAAGGGAGAUUGUUCGACGUUACUAUUUGCAAAAAGGUCCUUUUCAACCUAAAAAUCAUGAAUUUCCUUGGCGUUCUUGUCCCAAAGAGAAACGAAGAUUUCGAGCUAUAUGGUUUAGUCUUCAUCCUAAUUGGCUAGAAUACAGCAUUGCAAAAGAUGCGACUUUUUGUCUUUAUUGCUAUUUAUUCAAAGCGGAUCAUGGUGGUCAAAGUGGUGGUGAUUCUUUUGUCACUGAGGGAUUUAAAAAUUGGAGAAAGAAAGAAAAAUUUAAUGAACAUGUUGGAAAUCAGAGCAGCAUUCACAACAGGUGCAUGAUGGCGGCUUAUGAUUUAAUGAAUCAAAAACAACAUAUUGAAACUUGUUUGGUCAAUCAGUCUAGUCAAGUAGCUAUCGAUUAUCGUGUUCGUUUGACAGCAUCAAUUGAUUGCAUAAGAUUUCUUGUGCGUCAAGGAUUAGCAUUUCGUGGUCAUGAUGAAUCAACAAACUCACUCAAUCAUGGUAAUUUUCUUGAAUUGUUAAGAUUUCUUGCUGACCAUAAUGAGGAUAUCAAUAGAGUUGCACUAGACAAUGCUCCCUCAAAUCUUAAAUUGACAUCGCCUGAUAUUCAGAAAGAUAUUAUCAGAUCCAUUGCUUAUUUAACCACUAAUUCUAUUCUUGGAGAUCUCGGUGAUGAAUUAUUUACUAUAUUGGUUGAUGAGGCUCGUGAUAUAUCUGUUAAAGAACAAAUGGCAGUUGCUUUACGGUUUGUAGAUGAAAGGGGAAAUCUUAUUGAGCGCUUUCUAGGCCUUGUACAUGUAAGCGACACUACUGCCUUAUCACUUAAAACUGCUAUUGAUUCUUUGUUGUGCCAACAUGGAUUAUCUAUAUCUAAUUUGCGGGGGCAAGGAUACGAUGGAGCUAGCAAUAUGAGAGGAGAAUUCAAUGGCUUAAAAAGUUUAAUUAUGAUGGAGAACCCUUCUGCUUAUUAUGUUCAUUGUUUUGCUCAUCAAUUGCAGCUUACACUUGUAGCUGUUGCUGAAAAUCAUAUAAGAAUUUCUACUUUUUUUGAUGUGGUUGCACAAUUGAACAAUAUUGUUGGAGUGUCAUGCAAGCGAAGAGAUAUACUUCAUGACAAACAAUUUGAAAAAGUUAUUAAAGGAAUUUGCAAUGGUGACAUCUUCACUGGACAAGAGGAGGGAAAAGAUCACAAGCAAAGGGCACAAGCAAAUAAUCUGUUGGAAUUGAUUGGAAAAUAUGAAUUUAUAUUUCAGAUGCACUUAAUGAAGAAUAUCUUGGGAGUCACGAAUGAUUUGUCGCAAGCUUUACAAAGAAAAGAUCAAGACAUUGUAAAUGCCAUGAUUCUUGUAAGAUCAAGCAAACAUCAACUGCAAACUAUGAGAGAUGAUGGUUGGGAUUUGUUACUGAAUGAAGUUUCUUUAUUUUGUGUUAAGUAUGAGGAGUUGAACAGUCGCUUUAACGAGGUGAACACGGAGUUGUUGUUGUGUAUGAGUUGUCUUGAUCCAUCAAAUUCAUUCUCUGCUUAUGAUAAGAGAAAAUUACUUCAGUUUGCUCAGUUUUAUCCAUCCGAUUUUCCCCCAAUGGAGUUAAUGCAUCUUGAGCCCCAACUUGAUAACUUUAUUUUUGAUAUGCGGAGUAGCAAUCAAUUCUCUGAGGUUGUGGGGAUUAGCCAGCUUGCUAAAAGGAUGGUUCAAUUGAAAAAACAUCGUCUGUAUCCUUUGGUGUAUUUACUUUUGAAGUUAGCAUUGCUAUUACCUGUUGCAACUGCAACUGUAGAGAGAGUGUUUUCAGCAAUGAAAAUAAUCAAAACCUCACUUCGAAAUCGGUUGGGAGAUGAUAUGGUAAAUGAUUGUUUGAUACCAUAUAUUGAGCGAGAUGUGUUUGAUACCAUUGAUAAUGAAGCUAUUAUUUAG